AGCUGUCUGAAACAGACGUCCAUACUUGUGUGGCCAGAGCACAAUAGUUGGCUGUUGAGACUCACAUAAACUCGGAAAUUCAAGCAAGCACCCAGAAUGGAAGCAAACAACAAUGGAAUGAAAACAGGACCUGAAGACAAAGCUCAUGCUCCAGAUAUAAGUGUGACGCGGGAUAGUGAGGUACAGCUCACUAUCCCAAAGGACCCCAAGUCGACUCCCAGUCAUGCAGAUCGCUUCGUCAGGUCCGUUGAGAAUGGAGCACGCAAACCUGACGACACGGCUAAACCUGCUGCUGACAAGGAGAAAACUAUUCCACCAAAACUUCAGAUCACGGUCAGCACAUUCACCGUCAAAUGUGGGGCAGCUCUGAAGGUAGACCUCCCAGUGACUGGACUGCCUAAACCAAAGAUCGAAUGGAAAAAAGAUGGUCUUGCGAUAAAGGAGACUUCGAGACUGGAGGUUUCACACACAGCGUCGUCGACAAGCCUUCGUAUCAAAGAUGCAAAUAGGGAUAAUUCCGGCCAUUACACCAUCACAGCGAGUAACAGCACAGGGACCGCGACUGGAGCAAUAACAAUAGUUGUUCUAGAAAGGCCUGGGCCACCCACAGCACCCGUAAAGAUCGAGGAAGUAAGCUCAGACUUUGUCUCCAUCUCUUGGGAGCCACCGGAAUACACAGGCGGCUGCCAGAUAGACAACUAUGUGGUGGAGAAACGCGACACCUCGUCCACAGACUGGCAGAUAGUCUCAGCAACAACAGUCAGGACCGCAAUUAAAGUCCCCAGGCUAAAGACAGGGCAUGAGUACCAGUUCAGAGUGUUUGCUGAAAAUAGAUAUGGAAGAAGUACCCCAAUCAGUUCCCCCAACGUCAUCGCACAGUAUCCCUUCAGUAAGCCAGCGGCCUCUGGCACCCCACGCGUCACCACAGUGACCAAGAACAACAUGGUGGUUGAAUGGGAGCCUCCCACCAGCGAUGGGGGGAGUCCUAUCAUUGGUUACCACCUCGAACGGAAGGAGAAGAACAGCAUUUUGUGGACCAAGUUGAACAAGCUUGUUAUUCCCGAUGCUCGUUUCAAAACCUCUGGGCUGGAGGAAGGCAUUGAAUAUGAGUUCAGAGUCUUAGCAGAGAACAUUGCUGGACCCGGCCUGUAUAGUGAGAUAUCUGAGUGCUACGUGGCUAGAGAUCCAUGUGACCCACCUGGGACACCAGAGGUGGUUGUCAUUACAAGAGACCAUGUCACCCUACAGUGGGCAAAACCCAAGAGCGAUGGAGGGAGUACCAUCACUGGCUACCUUGUAGAAAAAAAGGACCUGCCAGAUGGUAAAUGGAUGAAGGCCAAUUUCAUCAAUGUCAUUGAAACCCAGUUCACAGUCACAGAUUUGACUGGUGGCGAUAGGUACGAGUUCAGAGUCACUGCCAGAAACGGUGCUGGUGUUUGGAGCGGUCCUUCAAGGAGUACAACUGUGACCGCCGAGGAUGUCAUAGAGGCCCCAACCAUAUCCUUGGAUGCUAAGUACAACAGCACGUAUGUGAUUAAGGCUGGCGACACCUUUACUAUUGAUGCCAACUAUUCAGGAAAGCCACUCCCACAAGUCAGGUGGCUAAAGGAUGGAAGGGAAAUCGAUAAAAGUACACCCAAAAUGGACGUCAAAACCGACCUCUCCCGCACAAUUCUGACUGUCAGGGACAGUUCACGCGUGGAUGGGGGAAACUAUGCCUUAAACGUCAAUAACAUGGGCGGAACUAAAACUGUUCCGGUAAAUGUAAAGGUCCUGGAUAGACCGGGUCCUCCAGCUGGACCUCUCAAAGUCAAAGUGGUCAGUGCAGAGAAGUGCACUCUUUACUGGAACCAGCCCAUGAAUGAUGGUGGAGCCAGUGUGACCCACUAUGUUAUUGAGAAGAGGGAAACUAGCCGUGUCUCCUGGACUGUAGUCGAGCCAUCAAUUGAAAGCAUCAGUUACAAAGUGAAUAACCUGGUGUCCGGCAAAGAGUACAUAUUCAGAAUUAUUCCCGUCAAUAAAUAUGGUGUUGGUGAACCCCUUGAGUCGGAUCCCUUCGUGGCACAAAACCCUUUCACAACACCAAGUUCACCAUCUGCCCCUGAAGCGAGUGCCGUUACGGGGGACUCUGUACUGCUGACGUGGCAUAGGCCAGAAAGUGAUGGCGGAUCCGAGAUUGAUGGGUACAUCCUUGAGAAACGUGACAAAGACGGUAUCAGGUGGUCUAAAUGCAACAAGAGAAGGCUGAAUGAUUUGCGUUUCCGGUGCCCAGGACUCAGCGAAGGACAUUUCUAUGAGUUUAGAGUAUCGGCCGAGAAUGCUGCUGGCGUGGGUGCACCCAGUGUUCCGAGUGAAUACAUUAAGAUUUGUGAAGCUACGUACCCACCAGGACCUCCCACCAACCCAAAAGUCACUGACCACUCCGGCACUACUGUGUCUCUGGCCUGGUCCAAGCCCAUCUACAAUGGUGGAUCAACCAUAACAGGAUUUGUAGUCAAGAUGAAAGAGGCUACAGACGAUGACUGGACAACAUGCAUGCCCCCUACUGGAGGGGAGGACACCACAUACACCGUCAAGAGACUGAGAGAGAAUGCAGAGUAUAACUUUCGUAUUUGUGCAGUAAACCUUGCUGGCCAUGGAGAAUAUGUGGAUCUACCUGGCCCAGUGAUGGCUGCAGAAAAACUGGAGGCACCUGAGAUUGAGUUGGAUGCUGAGUUACGAAAGAUUGUGAACGUUCGUUCCUGUUCUACCCUCCGUCUUCUGGUUGCCAUUAGAGGGAGGCCAGAUCCAGUGGUCAAAUGGUCAAAAGCAGAGGGCCCUCUCAAUGAACGCGCUCAUAUUGAGGUAACCAGCUCCUACACUGAGUUACUGAUUGAAAAUGUCAACAGACUUGACUCAGGCAAGUAUGUGUUGACACUUGAAAACUGCAGUGGAUCCAAGUCAGCCUUCAUCAAUGUAAGCGUGCUAGAUUCACCAAGCGCACCAACAAAUUUAGUAGUUAAGGAUGUAAAGAGAGACUCAGUAUCCAUUUCGUGGGAGCCACCUCACAUUGACGGAGGUGCAAAGAUCUCACACUACAUUGUUGAGAAGAGAGAGGAGGCCAGAAUGACAUUUACUGCUGUCUGUAGCAACUGUGUAAGGAACUCAUGCAAGAUUGGAAAUCUACAAGAAGGAAGCUUUUACUCUUUCCGGGUGCUUGCUGUGAAUGACUUUGGUGUUGGACUUCCAUUGGAGACAACUGACAGCGUCAAGAUAUCGGAGGCUCCAUUGUCUCCUGGUAAAAUCACAGCCGAGGAUGUUACCUCCAACAGUGUCAGACUUGUAUGGGAGAAGCCGGACCACGAUGGAGGAAGCAAAAUCACAUGUUAUAUUGUGGAGAUGCAGGCCAAGGAAGAUGACACGUGGACAGUGUGUUCUGAACUCAAAGCACUAGAAACUACAAUAAAUGGGCUCACAACAGGAAGGGACUAUUUCUUCAGAGUGACCGCAAUGAAUGAUCAGGGAAAGAGUGAGCCUAAGCCCCUGUUGACCCCUGUUUCUAUAAAAGACAACAAUGUUGGACCUAUCAUUAAUUUGAUGUGCACCGCAUUCAGUGUGAGAGCAGGAAACGAUCUGAAAAUCAACGUUCCCUUUAAAGGUACACCACAACCAGAGGUGGUUUGGGUAAAAAAUGGCGAAACACUAAAAGAGACAAAUAGGGUAAAUGUACGUACAUCUGAGAUUUCCUCUGAAAUAACCAUUAAAGAAGCAAUUAGAAUGGAUGUAGGAGAAUACAAGAUCAAAUUGACCAACUCAUCUGGAUCAAAAUCAGCAAACAUAUUUGUCAAUGUUCUUGAAACCCCUGGACCGCCAAGUGACCUCAGUAUUGAUGAGCUCAGCGCUGACUUUGUUUCUCUUUCAUGGCAGCCUCCAUUGUACCGUGGUGGCUGUGAAGUUGAUAACUAUGUUAUCGAGAAGAGAGACGCAACAUCCUCCACAUGGCAAACUGUAUCAGCAACGAUGGCUAGAACGUCGAUCAAGAUCUGCCGUCUUACUCAGGGGACAGAAUAUCAGUUCCGUGUCGCAGCAGAAAACCGAUAUGGGAAGAGUAACUUUGUUGACUCCGAACCGGUUGUUGCCCAGUAUCCCUUUGAACCUCCAGGCCCUCCAGCCUCUAUCCAUGUAGCCAAUGCCUCAAAAUCUGUCAUGCUGGUCGAAUGGAGCCAGCCAGAGAGUGAUGGAGGAAGCCCAGUGACUGGCUAUCACAUUGAAUACAAAGAUCAGAGCAGCAUCCUUUGGAUAAAGUUAAACAGAAUUCCUCUCACUGAGAACCAGUUGAAGGUCACAAGCAUUCAAGAGAGCCUGAUAUAUGAGUUCCGUGUUUGUGCUGAAAAUAUGGCGGGAGUUGGGCCCUGCAGUAAGGCUUCUGAACCUGUGGCUGCAAGAGAUCAGUGUGAUCCUCCGACAAACCUCACAGUCACCAGCAUAACCAGUAGCUCUGUUUCCCUCUCCUGGGACAAACCACAAUAUGAUGGUGGUGCCAAAAUAACCGGUUACAUCGUGGAACGCAAAGAGCUCCCACAGAGCUGUUGGCUCAAGUGCAACUUUACAAAUCUACAGGAGACCUGCUUUGACGUGACAGGCCUCACUGAGGAUGAUCAAUAUGAUUUUCGAGUUAUUGCCAAGAACGCAGCUGAACUCCUAAGUCCACCAUCGAAAUGCACUGGACCCGUCACAGCCACGCAUGAUGUGGAUCCACCAAAUAUUGUCGUUAAUGAUAGAUGUAACCAGGUGGUGGUGGUCAACGCAGGAGUCCUCCUGAGAAUAGAUGCUACUAUCACAGGACGCCCCCAACCCAUGGCAUUCUGGUCUAAGAAUAGCAGGAGAAUUGACACCAAGGGAAGGUUCGAGAUAACCUCCACAAAGACACAGACCUCAUUACUUAUCAAAGAAAGUACCAGAAAAGACUCUGGACAGUACAUCCUGACUGCGCAGAACAGUGGUGGUACCACCUCUAAAACCUUCAGCUGCAAGGUGCUCGACAGACCGGGACCCCCAGCGGGUCCCCUGGCAAUAACUGGACUCUCAGCGGAAAAAUGCAUCCUGAAAUGGGGGCCCCCUACGGAGACGGGUGGGGCUGAAAUAAUGCACUACAUCGUGGAAAAGUGUGAAACCAGCCGCAUUGCGUGGACUCUGCUUCAUGGGGACCUGACGUCAACGACGUGCAAAAUCACCAAGCUUCUCAAAGGAAAUGAAUAUAUGUUCAGGGUGAGGGCAGUGAACAAAUACGGCGAGGGUGAGGUUCUCGAGAGCGAGCCCACAAAGGCAGUGGAUCAGUUCACCGUUCCAUCGGCUCCUACUGACGUCGAAGUUACAAGCGCAACAAGCGAAGCCAUGACCAUCUGCUGGAGGAGACCGGCCACUGACGGCGGCAGCAGCAUCAACGGCUACGUCAUUGAAAAGAGGGAAAAGCAGGGUCUUCGAUGGACCCGUGUCAAUAAAAAGCCUGUGUAUGACCUCCGGGUUAAGGCUUCCGGCCUGCGUGAAGGAUGCGAGUAUGAAUUCAGAGUCUUUGCAGAGAAUGUGGCAGGGCUAAGUGAGCCGAGUAUGCCGUCCUCACUUACUUUGGCUGAGGAUCCAAAGUUUCUUCCGUCCCCACCAGCAAAGCCCCUUGUCAUCGAGUCCUCCAGGACCUCCAUCACCCUGUCCUGGAACAAGCCGCUGUUUGACGGUGGAGCAGUGGUGACCGGUUACAGGGUGGAGUACAGGAAAACAUCAGAGGACAGUUGGAGCGAAGCUGUUUCAAACACAGAGAACACAGAGUUCACAGUCACUGGGCUCACAUCCGGGGAGGAGUAUGUGUUUGUCGUCAGAUCUAUCAACAGAAUUGGCGCGAGUGAGCCCAGUCCUGAGACAGAUCCGGAGGUUGCCAUGGAGAGAGAGCAGAAACCCGAAUUUAACAUCAGCAAUGAGAUGCGCAAGGUGAUCCUUGUCAAAGCCGGCAGCUCUUUCACCUUGACCGUACCGUUUACUGGAAAACCUGCCCCAGAUGUGAGCUGGGACAAGGCGGAUGCAGACUUGAGAAUCCGAGGACUCAUCAACACGUCUAGCUCUAUGACCUCCAUCACAGUGGAACAGGCCACACGCGACGACUCAGGAAAAUACAUAGUGAAACUGCAGAAUGUAGCUGGAACUGCAAGUCUUACCCUAAACGUAAGGGUUCUGGACUCUCCUGGUCCCCCGGCAAGCCUCGCCGUCAAGGAUGUGACCAUCAACAGUGUCACCGUUACCUGGGAUGCGCCUGAGAAUGAGGGAGGAGCCGCUGUGCAGAACUACCAUGUGGACAUACGCGACAUCAGCAGGAAAGGAUGGACCAACCUUACUAAGUCUUGCACACGUCUGUCCCAUCGCGUCUCUGAUCUGGUGGAGGGGGGCAUUUACUUCUUCAGGGUGACAGCGGAAAACGAGUACGGGGUCGGAGUCCCAGCUGAGACCAAGGAUGGAACCAAGAUGAUAGAAACUACAAGCUUUUAGCUGGGAAAGUCAACCUUCUCCACUCACCAACAAAUAUAUAAUGGGAUGGAUGUGAUGGAAAUCGAUUGGUCUUUUAAUUAUUAUUACAAAGUGGCUUAUAUAUAUAUAUUU